GUGGCCCCAAGCGGAUGUAAACAACUGAAAAAUCGUUUUCGUUCUAAAAACACUGGGUUUUUCUUAGAGAAGAGGUUGUUGAUCGUCUCUGUGAGAUGCAUUGAACAUUUAGUGAGAAUUUCCGGACGUACUUGGAGAUGAAAAAGUUGAAAAUUGUAUUUUAGAAGGGAGAAACGAGUGAAAAUUGCUCAUAACCUCAAUUGAAAAGGUAAACACGAUGUCGAAAUCCACGAAGACUGGGCUGAAAAUAAUUUCUGGAGCUGUUCCCUGUGAUAGGAGUGAACUCGACCUGGGGAUCACCCUCAAGGGUGGGCAAAGCUUCAGAUGGAAAGAAAUCCCAGACAAAAAAUACCGCGGUGUCUUCGCCUCGUCCGUCUGGACGCUGCACCAGGACGCCUCCAAGAUCCUCUUCACCGUGCACAGCCGCACCCUGAAGACCCCCUCCGCCUGCCAAAAGCACCUGCAAAGCUACUUCCGCCUGGAGCUCUCCCUGAAGGAGCACCUGGCCCUCUGGUCCUCCUCGGACCCUCACUUCUCACAAUUCUCCUCCCAAGUAAAAGGCGUCAGGAUCCUCAACCAGAGCCCCACCGAGAACGUCUUCUCCUUCAUCUGCAGCGCCAACAACCACAUAACGAGAAUAACAAAGAUGAUCGAUCGAAUGUGCGAGAACUAUGGGGAAAAAAUUGGACAAGUUGAUGGGGAAAUUCACUUCGACUUCCCUGAGAUCGAGAAAUUAUCCCACGACGAUGUCUCGGAGGUCCUGGUGAAGGAGGGCUUCGGGUAUCGAGCCAAGUACAUCAACAACUCAGCGAAAAAAUUGUUGGAGCUGGGGGGGAACAGGUGGCUGGAGAGUCUUCACAAGAGUUCUGGGAUUUCUUAUGGGGAAGCCAGGGAGAAGCUGAUGGUUCUGCCUGGGGUGGGGCGCAAGGUCGCCGACUGCAUCUGCUUGAUGUCUCUGGGGCACCUGGAGGCCAUCCCCGUGGACACACACAUCUACCAGGUGGCCAAGGAGACGUAUCUCCCGGGGCUGAAGAAGUUUUCUGCUAGUUCAGGGGUUUAUGGAGAGGUCAAUGGGCUCUUCAGGGACAUCUGGGGACCCAUGGCUGGGUGGGCACAGGCUGUUGUUUUUUGUACGAGAAUUAAGGAGAAUAGGAAGGGAAGAGGCGGUGGGGAGGGAGAUGGGGGGGAGAAGAAGAGGAAGAGGUGAUUUUCGAGGGGUUGAAGAGGAAAUUAUUCCCUUAAAGCCCGGGUGUACUAUCUUUCGAACGUUAUCUCGAUGUUUUUUUUUUCAUUCUUUCGUCAUCUGAA